AAUAUGAUUAAAACAUAUUUUAAAAAUAUAUCUAUCUAUCUACGUAGAAAUAUACUUUUCACAAUAUGAAUGAAAUUUGAUAUUAUCGAAGUUAAAUUGAAGUUUAAAAUGAAAUAUCAUGUAAUUGAAAUCUAAAACCGAUAAGCACGCGUUUUCAAUAUAUAUUGCUAAGGAUCAUGCGCGUGAAAUAUUCCAUGUAGUGACCUUUAUUACGUCUUGAAUGCACGUACACAGAGGUUUUUUGGUAAGAUUAAAAUCAUGGGAUCAACUGUUGAUUAGAUACGAUCGUUGGAGGAUCUUAUGUGAAGGAACGAUGUGAAAUAAAUUUUUGUAAAAAAAAAAGAAAAAAAAAUCGAAAAAAAGAACCUUAUUCGGCGUCAUUAUUUUGUAGAUACGUAUAAUAGAGGGAGAGAGUAAUUCGAAAAAGGGCGGCCACUUGAUCCAGUGAUUAGAAGUAAGAAUUCUUACCUACUCGCAUAUCGAUCCGCCUGGGCAAGUGAGCAAUGCGACGUCUCUAUAACGUUUGCAGCUUUUCCCAUUAUUUUUCGCCGGCAGCGUAUUGUAUGUGUGCGCGAGAAAAGUACAGAACGAGAUAAAAUCAGUGCUUUUUUCCUUAAGCGAUACGUAGUACGUCCUAUCGUAUACGUUUCAAGGCUACAGGACGCCUUACCGGCACCAUAUGUCUUGUAUUCGUGUACGUAGAUCAGAACGGUCAGAUCAAACUUUUAAUCAACUAUAUAUAUAAGAAUAAUGUAAGGCAAAUGAUAUACGGAUAGAUACAAGAUCGAAUUAAUAUGGACGUUCACGGAGCCGGAGUGGUUGCCGUUUUAGGAACCGUUGGAGCUGCUACUGGAGCAAUUUCAGCGGUGAUCGUUUAUACGAUCUGUACACGACGUCGAAGAUUACCCUUGCUUGCUUCGGGCGUCGGUCCUCUUAAUUGGUUCGAGAAAGAUUUAUUGAAUAGAGCUGAAGAAGCUGCGAGAUCUUCGAAGGACGUUCUAGUUGGAUUAGGAUCGAGCGUAUCUCUUGGUCGUGAUAGUAGAACUCCGAAACACAGUGCUAGCCGUUCCGAUGACGAAGAAUGGCAAUCGGAUCACGUAUUCGAUAGUAUUGCGAGUGAUUCCCCAAGGAAAAUCCGACAUCAUUUAUCCGAAUCCGACGACGUUCCAACGUCACCGUUGAGUCCUCUCGCACCACCUUUACCCGAAGGUACGGUCGUAGCAUCGGAGAAGCGAAUGGUAAUCGUUAAACAUCCUCCUAGAAGCUUAGAUAGUUCUCAUUCGAGACUGAAUAGUCUUGAAAUAGAGUCAGAACCACGGAACAAGCUUUCUUCUUCCUCGUCGACGUGUUCAACGGACGAAUUUAGAGGCGAUUUAGAAAUAGGAUUGAUUCAUGAUGCGUUUGCUGGUAUUCUCACAGUACGCCUUUUAGAGGCUCGUAAUUUACGUGCACGUGAACUCAGUGGAACCGCCGAUCCUUAUGCUAAAAUACGCCUGUUACCUGAUCGAAGUAAUGUCUGGCAAACGAGAAUACAUAGACGUACUUUAAAUCCAGUUUUCGACGAGGACUUCGUAUUUGAAGUAAAUCCAGAAUCGUCCUUGAGCGAUAGAACUCUAGAAGUUCUAUUAUACGAUUUCGAUGCUUUCUCUAGACAUCGUGGCUUGGGUUAUGCACAAUUCCAUUUAUCUACGUUAGUCGAUAUUCUUGGUCUAACGCUACAAACCGUUAGAGUACCGAUAUUGCGUUACGGAGCCGAGGGUGGCUUCAGAGCCCCACCUUUGGGAGAAUUGAUGGUGUCUCUUUCAUAUCAACCAUUAGCGGAGAAAUUGACGGUCAUUGUUGUCAGGGCCAAGAAUCUACCUAUACCCGACGAUUCAUCAAGUUGCAAUCCAUAUGUAAAGGUCAUACUUAUGCAAGAUGGGAAAAGUCUCAAAAAGAAGAAGUCCAGUAUCAAACGGGAAGCGACAAGUCCAGUGUGGAAUGAUAUUCUUAGCUUUGAUGUUCCUAACGAAGUGUUUUCGAAGUGUGCAUUAGAGUUUUCUAUAUUGCGUGCUAACGGUGAGUUAAUUGCAAAAUGCGAAGUUUCCAGCAAAUGUCAAAAGGAACUCUUCCAUCGUGUAUUGUCAGGGAAGGGUGCCUCUGCACAAUGGUUACCAUUGUCCGAGCCGGAAGUUCAUUGUACCGAUGAAUAUAAAGAUUAAGCAUCAAAUAUAACUUGCAGAUCAAUGAUCAUAAGUCUUGUUCUGUCUAGUAAAAAGUACUUGUGAACUUGAAACGAGAAGAUUUAUAAUGAAUUAAAUUGCGUACUAUCUAUUUUUCAUUAAAUAUAAACGUAAGUUCGCAAUACAAAUGAAUACGAAUAUUUUCAAAUAUUAAUUAAAAGACAUAUAUUCGUCGUUACAGAGAAUUAUUUUCGAUAAUAUCCAUAGAUUAAAAAUAUACUGAAGACGCUAAAUACGAUUGCCUUGAUAUAGAUUAUUUUAAGAGUUUUAUUUAAAAUAACUUUUUUUCCGAGUUAUAUAUCAACAAUAUUACAAUAUCAUAACGCACAGUUUUGCUGAUAAAAUGUCGUGCGAAUGAUCUAAAUCGAAGGACUACGAAUCCCAUGCAAUUGUGAUAUAUUAUCCAAAUCAACUGCAUGAAUGCUGAUCUCAUAGAUGUAAUUGUUGGAUCUAUCGAUAGACUGAAACUUCUAUAGUAAUAUAUGGAUUCUUUCUAUAUGUGGCCGAUUGUAAUUGUAGUUCAUACGAUGUACUUUUAAUAUUAGUUUCUGUUCAUGAGAAUUGCAAGAUAUUUUCAAUGUCAAUGAAAGCAGGCUCUUUCAACAAUGAAAAGUCCAAUAAGUGUCUCAUAGUAGCAAAAUCAAAAGUUUAUCAAAAAUGUAUAUCAUACUGAAAAGUGAAAUAUACGGAAUAUAUUAUCUAACUUUUCACAAAGUGACAAAGUCUGAAAUGUUUUCAAAUAUUAUUGGCUGACUAUAAAAAUACAUAUUUUAGAUAAAUAUAUCCACACGUACUUAGGCGUAAACGCAUAUUCGCUACGACUAAGUUAUUAUCAAAAUAACAUCAUGCCUGAUACGUAAAGAUUGUGUCACAUUAGAUUUUUGAUGUACCCAUAGUAUUAUGUCAAGAUAUUCAUACAAAUUGUAAAAUUGUGCUUACCAUUUACUUAUGCUUCCUCUGAUGUGACAAAAAGUACAAAUACUUUUAAUAUUUUUAAUUUUUAAAAUGUUUUAUUCACUGUACAAUAUAACUGUACAUAAAAGAGGAAUGGACCAACA